UAUUGUAAUUAUUAUUUCAGAUGAUUUGGUUUGUUCAAGAAUAAUGACGGAUAAAUCCAAGGGUUUUUCAGCGCUAUAUAAGCCGAGCCAGGGCAGGCAAACAACUCUUUUUCAAACCUGGGGAUAUGAAGGAAACAAGGCCAGUCAGAUUAAAACUGAUAAGGAGGAUGAUAAAGAUGAGUUUGAUGAUGAUGAUGAUGAGUUUGCUCGAGUUGUAAAUGAAUCCAUCUUAGAACAAAACAAAGCUGGACCUUCUCAUGCUCCUGCAGGCGCCAGUACGAGCUUUGGUAAACCCAGCACAGGCACCACAGCACUUGAAAGCUUACCUGGCUUUGAUGUCAGCGCCGGCGCCACAUGGAUUUAUCCUACUAAUAAAUCCUUCAGGUCCUACCAGUAUGAUAUCGUUCAAUCCUGUUUAUUCAAGAAUACAUUGGUCUGCCUGCCCACUGGACUUGGUAAAACAUUUAUCGCUGCAGUAGUGAUGUAUAACUUCUAUAGAUGGUAUCCACAGGGGAAAAUAGUAUUUAUGGCUCCUACUAAACCACUGGUUGCUCAACAAAUAGAAGCUUGCUUCAACAUAAUGGGUAUACCUCAGGAUGAUACUAUGGAGAUGACAGGAUCAGUGUCUGUAUCUCACAGGGAGAAAGGAUGGAAAUCUAAACGAGUUUUCUUUCUUACUCCACAGGUUAUGAGUAAUGACCUAUCCCGAGGACUGUUUCCUGCGAGGGAGGUUAAACUCCUGAUAGUAGAUGAGGCACACAAGGCCCAGGGGGAAUAUGCUUACUGUCAGGUCGCCAAGGAGUUAAACAGGAGUCAGGCUGUGGUUCGUAUUGUUGCCCUGUCUGCUACGCCUGGUAAUGAUCUAGCUGCAGUACGAGGUGUACUGCAAAACCUGUUUAUCUCACAUAUAGAACUCCGUCAUGAGGAGUCUCCAGAUAUAGUUCCCUACACUAACGAGCGAAGAGUAGAUAAGAUUGUAGUUCCCAUGGGAGCUGAGUUGACCGGAAUGAAGGAAGGUCUGCUCUCUGUUCUUGAAAUCUAUACUAAACGUCUAGCUAACCAUGGAGCUCUUCGCCAGGGCCAUAAUCCGGCACAGUACUCGAAGUUCUCAAUUCUCAGGUCACGUGAUGAAUGGAGGCAGAAUCCUCCCCCUGGGUUGACCGCUCAGGUGAAGGGUGUGGUUGAGGGUGACUACGCCUCCGCUAUGUCCCUCUACCAUGGAUACGAACUCCUGCUCCAACACGGGAUGAGACCGUUCUACAACUUCUUCAACAAGAAGGAGGAGGCAGAUUACUCUUCUAAAAGAAUCCGGACCGGAUUAGAUAAGAUUCCAGUCUGGAGGGAUCUCAUGGCAAACCUAGCAGAAAAAUUCAGUGGAGAUGCUACAAACAGCCGAUUGAACCAGUCUAGGAUACAUUUGAGUCAAACUACUCAAGCUCAGACUCAAACAAAAACAAAAACAAGUCAUCCCAAGAUAGAAAAGCUAAUUGAGGUUGUUCUGGAGCACUUCAACAGCUUCAAGGAGAAGAACAUGGAGACUAGGGUUAUGAUCUUCAGCCAGUACAGAGAUUCUGUAACAGAAGUAGUUGCUUGUUUGGCCGAGUAUUCACCUAUCAUCAAACCUAUGUCAUUUGUCGGACAGGCCGGUGCUCAAGGAAAGAAGGGAUUAACACAGAAGGAACAAAUUGAGGUUAUUAGCAGAUUCCGAAGUGGAGGAUACAAUACCCUAGUAGCAACUUGUGUUGGAGAAGAGGGCCUGGAUAUUGGGGAAGUCGACCUCAUUGUGCUAUUUGACGUAUCCAAGUCACCUAUUAGGUUGGUUCAAAGAAUGGGUCGGACUGGAAGGAAAAGAGAAGGACGGAUUGUGGUUCUUGUUACUCAGGGUAUAGAGGAACGUAAAUAUAAUCAGUGCUUGAUCAGUAAGAAGACGAUUAACAAAGCUAUUCUAGAAAUGGAUAAGCUUGUGCAUAUGCUGUACCAGAAUGCUCCCCGCAUGGUUCCCAUAGGCCUGGAACCAGUCUGUCAUCAGAUGAAGAUGAUAACUGGGGAGUUUAAAGGUCGAGGUCAAGGGAAGAAUGACCGCCAAGGUCAAGGAAUAAUGAAGAGUUUACAGCCGGUCAACCGAUAUGAUGUGUUCAGAAAAAAUUGUGGAUUCUUGAAUGAGAAUGAUCAGACCAGAUGGUCCGAACAUUGUAAUUUUACAGAUUCUGUGAAAAGAUUGCCUGCUCCACGGGAACUAUGGACUGGAGAGUAUUCCCUUUACUCCCAGGUUCAGGAGAAUAUUGAGAAUGGUCCUGUACUUGAUUUAACCGAGUAUUCCCUCUGGCAAACUGGAGAUCAGAAUAGAUAUUUAGUAGGAGAGAGUAAUGUUAGUAGAACUUACAAGAAUAUUCUUGAUUUGAUCUCCAACCCAUCCGCCCUCUCCGCCAGGGCGGAAGAGCUGAGUAUUAACCUGCAAACACGCUCCGCCGUUUCUUCCAACGCUGUGGCUAAACGAGGAUCGGUGGCGGGAUCUCCAGUAAAGGGAAUCAGGAGCUAUUUUAAACUAUCAGAGACUAGUGACACCAACCAGGAGCUGCAGAAACCAAGGGGUCAAGUUCUACCUGAUAUUCAGGAGGAUGAUAUUGAAGAAAUAGAUAUUUCAUCACCUUCUCAACCUAAACUUCAAGAUGGUGUUGAUGUUGUUGUUGAGCUAGAUGAUGUUCUCGGUGAUGAAAAGGAUGAAAAAAAUGCUGUAGAUGAUCAAGAUGAUCUUCUUAACGAUCUCCUAGAUGAUGAUGGGAGUGAGGAUAGUGGUUUCAGCUCCUGGCCUAGCUCCCCUGUAUUUAAGAUAGAUCUGGAGAACAUUGUCAGAAAUCCUCCUUUGAAUAAGGUGAGUGUUGAAGAAUGGAUGGCAGCAAAGUUAAAAUACCAGAACUUGUACUUGAACUCAAGUACACGGUACACGGAGUACAUACAGAGGUUGACUGAAAAGAACUUCCAGGGAGAUCUUGUUGUGCAACCUGUUCAACUAGAUCAGGAAGUUCAUGCGUCUUCUCUAGAUAUGUUCUAUCAGACUGAUGAUGAGGAUCUCGGGUUCCAGGAGGAAAAUGAACCUGAUCCAAUACCAAGCCCAGUCUUGAAGAAACCUAAAGGAGAGAAGGAGAAAGAGAAUAAGUCUGAGUUGUGGAGUCAGUUUGAACUUGGCUCCCCAGAACCAGAACUUCUUGAAGAGGAAGACAAAGAUGUUCCAGCACUUGGAAGAGGGUUUAACGAAGGAGAAGGAAUAUCCACACAGUUUGAUAUUGGUUCUCCUAUCUUGGAGCUCUCUCCAGUUCAGUUCAAUCUUUCUCCGGAGAAAUCUAAAAUGGCGUCAGAAAAAUCCAAAAUGGUGACAGACACAGAGGAGUUUGAUCAAAUUGGCUUUCCUACUUCUCCUAUUAUCAGCAAAUUAAACACACAAGUGUCUGAAAUAUCUCUCCCUGCUGAUCUGAAAAGAAAAAGGCAGAUAGAAACCAGUACUCCACUUCAUCCUCAUCAACAGAAACCUUUUCCAAGCCUUUCAUCUCCAGUCACACGUCUCACCCCUGUUAAGGAGAGGGUUGGAUUGGAUCAUUCCCCAGUUCUGAAGAAACCUGAACCCAGAGUAAAAUCUGUUGUUAGAACUAUGAGUGAGGAUAUGUUUGGAAACUCUGAUGAUGAUCUGUUUACAGAUCUUCACAUCCCAGGAGAGCAGAGGGAGCCCAGUAUUCUGGGAGCUACUCAGCUGGUGUCUGUUCUGAACCAGGAUUCAGAGGAGUGGAUGAUGGGAGCUGGGAUUGGUAAAUCUGACAACAAUGUUAAAACUGAACAAUCUGAUAAAUCUACGUCUAUGCUGGCAGCUACUCCUGGAUUGUUUAGAUCUAAAAAAGAUCAGGAUGUUCCUAAUGAGAGAAGGAAGAGUGGUGGACUAAAAGUAAAAAAGAAACUCUCCAAUGUUUUCGAUGAUAGUGAUAUUUUUGAAGAUUUAAGUGUAAUUAAAGAACCAGAUGAUGUAGUUUAUUUUUCAUCAUUUCAUCAUAAACCUACAGCUGUGGUACAGCCAACAGCAGCUGUUGUUCAACGAUCAACACCUUCAGAGACUAUUAGCUCUUUAACUGCUGGCGUUGUCAAUUCUGAAGCUGUCACAGAUAUGGCGAAUUUCCAGCUGUCUAUUGAUAUGUCUGAAGAUAUGUUUGGAGAGGAUUUUCUAGAUCAGGUGGAUGAAAUGAAAGGUGCUUCUGAAAUUAAUGUAAUCGCUGGAAACAUUGUUCAUAAUGAGGAAAGUAGAAUCAUGGAAGAGAUCAGAACGACUACUGACAGAAGACAGAGUAUUGGGAUGAGAGCUCCUGAAAUAAGUGAAAUGGAUCAACCAAGUGUAAGUGGGAUGAGUACAUCUGUUGGAAGAGAUAAUAUCCCUGGUGUGGAUGGGAUGAGGAUGAGUGCUUGUCCGAUCUGUAAUCAGAUGAUUGAGGGAGAGGAAGGGGGACCAGAAAUAAACGCCCAUGUUGACACAUGUCUCAGUAAACAGUUGAUCGAUGAGUUUUCACAGCAACAAGUUCAUCCACCAGAAGCUGAUCAAUCAAAUAAUCAACAGACGGAUAGAUCAAACAAAAGAGUUUUUGAGGCGAGCAUGAGUUCAAGAACCAGUUUUAGUUUUAAUAGUCCUCAGUCCAAGAAGCCUCGAAUAAACUCCCCAAGUCCAGUGUUGACUGCUCGACCUAGAUUGAAAAGAAACCUGGUAGAGAGUUCUAGCGAAGAUGACCUGAGGAAUUCGUCCAGGACUGAUAGAAGUGAUGAGGAUAGUCCUGUAUUCAGGGGUAGGAAGAAACCAGGAAUCCUUCUUGGUACUCAGACUAGUCCAAUUAUAAAGAGCGAAGAGGAGGAGGCGGAGGAUGACAGAAUUUCAAGUAUUAACGAGGAAUGCAAACAUAUUUCAAGUUUAACGAGACUGAACAGUUCAUCUGAACAUGAAGCUUCCAGCCCUUUGGUUAGAAAGAAGCAGAGAAAAAGAUUAGGUGCUGAGUUCCUUGAUGUGGAGGCCGAGGUUUCCGGCUCUGAUGUAUCGGAGGACGAGAGGGUGGACGAGGACGGGUUCGAGGAGAGCUUUGUGGACGACGCCACCCAGAGAGAGGACACUGCUAUGUAUCUGAGGUCAAUAAGAAGUCCUGUUUUCAAGCACCCAGAUAUGGGCAGGAAACUAAGACCUAUCACAGACGACCUUUUUUCUCAGAUGCCUGAGGAUUCUGAAGGAAGUUAUCUUGAGGACUCAUUCUGUGUUGGAUCUCAGCAUGUGGAAUAUAUCUCCGAGCCGGAGACCCUGGAUCUCCUGGAGGAGAAGGUGAAGAUCAGGGGGUUGAGCAGGAGGAAGGAGAUGGAGAAGAAGAUGGAAAUGUACAGAAACAAACGGAAACGAAAUAUAGAGGAAGAGAAACCGAAAAAGAAGACGACUGAGAACAGUGGAAAGAGGAGAAGAAUUAUUGCACCUGUUAAUGAUUCUAUCCUAGAAGCAUCUGAGGACCUAUCAACUCAAUCUGAAUCAUUGUUGAAGAAUUAUAAUGAAGAAUCUGACCUCCAAGGAUCCUCGAGAAGACCUCCUUCAAGGAGGUCAGAGCCUCAACCAGGUCCUUCGGCUAUAUGGGACAUCACUACCAGACUUGAUAACACUAUGGAUGAUUCAUUGUAUUAUGUAAAACCAGACGUAUCUGAUUCAGGAUGUACUGAGAAAGCAAGCAUUGUGAUUGGUUCAACUGAAGUUAACAAAAUACCAGACAUUAUCAGUCUUCUCAAACAUUCCCAUCAGUUGAAUGUGGUUGUGCGGCAGAGUGAAGUUCCAUUUAUAGUGAGUACACGGAUGGCUGUAUUGAGGAUUAUGGAACCUGAGUUUAUACUUGGCACCAAUAGGAAGAAACUUGAUGAGAAACUAGGAGGAAUGAGAGAGAAUUAUGAUAAAUGUGUUGUUAUUGUGGAAUCAGAGAAGGUUAAACCUGGAGAACGGAGUAGAACUAGAGCUAGAACUAAGGUUUCUGAUCUAGCAAUAGCGCAGCUUGCAGCAACUCAAAUUCAAGUACUGUACAGCAGAAACAAGGAGUGUACAGGCAGAAUUCUCUCCGAGCUGGUUCACAGAGAAAACAACAAAGGGAUGGGCUUACCCAGAGCCCUCCGAUUAACUGUGUCCCAGGAGGAGAUGCUUAAAUGGAUUCUAAAUCUUCCGUUUAUUGGAUUAGGAAGCGGACUCCAUCUAGUGUUUGCAUUUAGUACUAUUAGAAGUAUAGUUUUAGCUACAAGACAGGUAUUAGAGGAGAAGGGUAGAUUGAGCAAGGGACGAUCAGCAGCACUUUUUCAAAUUUUAAGUUCUAAAUAUAAUCCAGAUAUAGACUCCCAACCUCUCUAAACAGUUCCAAAUAUACUCCAGAUAUAGACUUCCAACCUCUCUAAACAAGCCUGUUUAAAUCCUAGUUUGUUUUCUAGCUGUGUAAAAAAAUUGAAAAUUCUUUUGUACUCUGAUUCAAAUUAAUUAGUUCAAUCGAAAUAUGUUUGAAUAAUAAACGUAUUUCUGCAUUUAA